UUAAUUUGCAGUAAUUGGUAACAAAAGUUCUCUUUUAAUUGCUUCUAGUUUCUCAGCAAAACAGGAUAAACCUAUGAUGCAGAGAGCUCUCUUUGGGUAGCAAACAAGCAAAAGAGGUAAUAAUACUAUGAAAGAUCAGUGGAAAGACGCUAAGUACAUGUUGGAAUAGUCAGAUUAGAAUGGGCAAGUUCCACAUCUGCCCUGCCUGAGCAAAGGUUCAAAGACAGUAGUGAGAUUCAUAUGCAUUAGGGGAAACAAGUUUAAGUUGAGGUUUUGCACACCAGAGAAGUGAAAAUAAAAUUGGUUUAGUCCAAAUGGUAGAAGGCCUUCAAUGACAAGCUGAAGACUUUAGGAAUAUACUGCUUUCCCCUGGCUCUAUAUUCCAUUCUACAGUGUUGCUAAGUGAUGCAUUCCAGAGUUCUUGACUGUGAACUCCUGUGACUGCCAGUGGUGCACCUGAAGGACCACUGGCCUUUUUACACAAUGGCUAACAGCCGACUUUCUUGUACACAAAUUUGGGUUAAGAUGUAUGGGUAUUUUGCGAGGCUGUGUCAGCGCCUCUGGUAUUUCUGGUGUGUCACUGUGAAGGGCUUUUUUGUUAAGAAGAAGGAAAAACAAAUCCCUCCAGCUGAGGUUUAUUUUCAUAAAGGAAAAAUUGUUGUACUUGGCCAAAUGUUGAUGAAUGAAUCUCUACCCAUUGAGAAGAGAGCUCAAGCUGCCAAGGAAAUUGGACUGCUGGCCUUCACAGGAGGACCACCUGCUGGGAAAUUUGCAGCUGAGUACAUGAAAGAAGUGGCUCGCUUGCUGCAAGAUGAGGAGUUGGCACCACAUAUAAAGAUCCUGCUGCUCCAGAGUGUGGCAUGUUGGUGUUACUUAAACCCUCUCAGCCAGAAAAGAGCCAGAAGUCUGCAAUUUAUUCCUAUUCUCAUUAGUUUUUUAGAGGGCAGCUUUGAGUCUUCUACUGAAAGUGAAAUAAACAGCUACCUCCUCCUUAAAUUUUGGACUUGUUACGUUCUCUCUGUCAUGACAUGCAACAACUCGUCUUACGUCAAGGAGCUUAAAGACCACAAGAAUCUAAAAGAUUGUUUGCAAACAAUGGCUUCUAUGGAUUGGACUGGAUGGCCAGAGAACUUUGCACAGGUGCUGUAUUACCUAAUUGGUUUUCACAAGAAUUAGUUUCUCCAAACUCAGUUAUGUGUUACAGCUCUUUGUGCCAUUGUAUUAUCCUGGAAAACUGAAAUAAAUCAUAAAAAUCGA